AUGGAUCCUCACUCAGAUAUGUGGAAGGCAAUCAAGGCAUUGAGUAAUCAGACCACACAAUGGAUUCUCUUUCCUCGUCUUUCCUUCCAACAUUUUCACCACCAAAUUCCACCGCCUCUCAUCCAUCGCCGCCACCACCACCGCCGCGGCCGUCUACUUUUCGUGUCUUUUCCGUCAGAAUCGAGGAGAAACCACAAACCGUCACAACCAGGUCCACCACCAAAAGGUCUAAUAACCAAGAACGACCCACACCUCCAUCGGUGAAUAUCGAGAAAAAACCGGUGGCAGAUCAAUCACUACCAGCGACGAUCUUCAAUGCAUUUGACGACAUCAUAAACAAGUUCAUAGAUCCGCCGAGUAGGGUUUCGGUUGAUCCGAGACAUGUACUGUCGGAUAAUUUCUCUCCGGUGGACGAACUCCCUCCUACUGAUUGUGAAGUCAUUCAGGGUACACUUCCGAGUUGCCUUGAUGGAGCCUACUUUCGUAAUGGCCCUAAUCCGCAGUAUCUACCACGCGGUCCCUACCAUUUAUUCGACGGCGACGGAAUGCUUCACGCCAUUCGUAUCUCCAAAGGAAAAGCCACUUUGUGUAGUCGAUUCGUGAAGACCUACAAGUAUAACAUAGAGAAAGACGCCGGAUUCCCCAUUAUCCCAAAUGUGUUUUCAGGGUUUAAUGGAAUUGCUGCGUCUGCAGCUCGGAUGGCUGUUACAGCAGGCCGGUUUUUCGCCGGACAGUUUGAUCCGACGAAAGGUAUUGGUUCGGCGAACACCAGCUUGGCGUUUUUUGGGAAUAAGCUUUAUGCGUUAGGCGAGUCUGAUCUCCCUUAUGCCCUAAAACUUGCGCCAAAUGGUGACAUAAUCACACUCGGACGCCAUGACUUUGAUGGAAAGCUUUUCAUGAGCAUGACUGCUCACCCAAAAGUCGAUCCAGUGACUAAAGAAGCUUUUGCUUUUCGCUAUGGCCCAAUGCCACCUUUCCUAACAUUUUUCCGAUUCAACGAAAACGGAGAAAAACAAGCCGAUGUCCCGAUCUUCUCAAUGACAAAUCCUUCGUUUCUCCACGAUUUCGCCCUCACUAAAAACUACGCCAUUUUUCCCGAGAUCCAGAUCGGAAUGAGCCCGAUGGAGAUGAUCGGCGGCGGGUCCCCAGUGAGUACUGACCCCGGGAAGGUGCCAAGGCUUGGGGUGAUCCCUAGGUACGCCAAGGACGAGUCGGAGAUGAAGUGGUUCGAGGUUCUGGGGUUUAAUAUCAUACAUGCUAUCAAUGCAUGGGAGGAGGACGACGGUGAUACGGUGGUGAUGGUGGCGCCGAACAUCUUAUCAGUGGAGCAUACUUUGGAGAGGAUGGAUUUGAUCCAUGCCUCGGUGGAGAAAGUGAGGAUCAAUCUGAAAACCGGAAUGGUGUCAAGGCACCCGCUUUCAACCCGGAAUCUAGACUUUGGUGUCAUCAAUCCGGGUUUUGUUGGGUUGAAAAACAGGUAUGUGUAUUGUGGAGUUGGAGACCCGAUGCCAAAGAUCUCAGGGGUUGUCAAGCUAGAUGUGUCAUUGGCAGAAGUUGAUAGACGAGAAUGCAUAGUGGGUAGUCGAAUGUUUGGGCCUGGAUGUUAUGGCGGUGAGCCAUUCUUUGUGGCUAGGGAACCUGAUAACCCUAAUGCUGACGAGGAUGAUGGGUACAUAAUUUCCUAUGUUCAUGAUGAAAACACCGGUGAGUCGAGGUUCUUGGCGAUGGAUGCCAAGACACCGACGCUUGAGAUCGUUGCUACUGUGAAGCUACCCCGACGUGUGCCGUAUGGUUUUCAUGGUCUAUUUGUUAGGGAAAGUGACAUUAAUAGGAUGUGAAAAUGAAUGGUUCAUUUUCAUUGUUGAAGAUAAAUGUGUUAUAUAUUUUAGCAUUUAUAUGUAUAUAAAAUAGGAAAAUAUAAUAUAGUAUGAUUUGAUACGAUACAAAAAAACAUUGCAUAUACUUUUCAUGUAAAAUAUGUUCUAAGUGCAUACUUCAAUAAAGAGAAAAAUUAUAAGUGAAA